AUGUUCCGAAGGAUUACCCAGACAGUAGGUGUCACCUUCAACACAUCCCUAGUUACCAAGACAGUAGAUGGCACCUUCAAGACAUCCCUAGUUCCCCAGACAGUAGGUGUCACCUUCAACAUGUCCCUAGUUACCAAGACAGUAGAUGUCACCUUCAACACAUCCCUAGUUCCCCAGACAGUAGAUGUCACCUUCAACAUGUCCCUUUUUACCAAGACAGUAGAUGUCACCUUCAACACAUCCCUAGUUACCCAGACAAUAGAUGUCACCUUCAACACAUCCCUAGUUCCCCAGACAGUAGAUGUCACCUUCAACACAUCCCUAGUUACAAAGACAGGAGAUGUCACCUUCAACACAUCCCUAGUUACUAAGACAGUAGAUGUCACCUUCAACAUGUCCCCAGUUCCCCAGACAAUAGAUGUCACCUUCAACACAUCCCUAGUUACCAAGACAGUAGAUGUCACCUUCAACACAUCCCUAGUUCCCCAGACAGUAGAUGUCACCUUCAAGACAUCCCUAGUUACCAAGACAGUAGAUGUCACCUUCAACAUGUCCCCAGUUCCCCAGACAAUAGAUGUCACCUUCAACACAUCCCUAGUUCCCCAGACAGUAGAUGUCACCUUCAACACAUCCCUAGUUACUAAGACAGUAGAUGUCACCUUCAACAUGUCCCCAGUUCCCCAGACAAUAGAUGUCACCUUCAACACAUCCCUAGUUACCAAGACAGUAGAUGUCACCUUCAACACAUCCCUAGUUACUAAGACAGUAGAUGUCACCUUCAAGACAUCCCUAGUUACCAAGACAGUAGAUGUCACCUUCAACAUGUCCCCAGUUCCCCAGACAAUAGAUGUCACCUUCAACACAUCCCUAGUUCCCCAGACAGUAGAUGUCACCUUCAACACAUCCCUAGUUACUAAGACAGUAGGUGUCACCUUUAACACAUCCCUAGUUACCAAGACAGUAGAUGUCACCUUCAACACAUGCCUAGUUCCCCAGACAAUAGAUGUCACCUUCAACACAUCCCUAGUUCCCCAGACAGUAGAUGUCACCUUCAACACAUCCCUAGUUCCCCAGACAGUAGAUGUCACCUUCAACAUGUCCCAGUUCCCCAGACAGUAG